AACGCUGCGUGUACAGCGGAAACUGUUCGCAGUGAGGCAUUCUGGGAUCGUCCCCACACAGCGAGUAACUUCCUCUUCUCCAAGAUGGCGGGUGACGAGCCGGGAGUGACUCUGGGCCAGCCCCAUUUAUCCAAGCAGGAUUUGGCUACUUUGGUAAGUUUGUCCCGCUCGCCGUGGGCCGGUGGAAGCGGAGCGCGGGGCGGGCUCCCUGUUAGAGCAGUGCCGAGUCCCACGCGGCCCCGAGCGCGCUGCCCGCUCACAGCUUGUCAUCAUGUGCUCGCUGAGCCCGGCCUCUAUUCACUAUACAGCGGGCACACAGCCGGGAUCAUGCCCUGCCCGGGGGGGCCCUCACAGCCGGGAUACUGCCCUGCCCGGGGGGGCCCUCACAGCCGGGAUACUGCCCUGCCCGAUUUGUGAGGGCUGGCCUGGGAUCAUCUCUCACAGUACUGGGCGAUAUUUACUAAAGGGCGAGCUGCCGGAGAUUUUACAUAUCAGCCGAACUAGCUGAACUGAAUACAUCGCUGGCUGCGAUAACUCUUCCAGAUAAUGUGUUUAGUCCUUUAAAUAUUAAUGCUGUAUGAAAAUCCACAAUCCCAACAGAUCAGACUGCUGUGAAUGGGACUAAAAUACAGUUUGAGUAAGCCUGAGGCCAAAGUAUCUGGUCUGGGAAAACUGUGUUUAUUUCAGUUAUUUUGGAAUAUUUUAAUAUCACUUUGAACUUGCCAUUUAUUAUUAUUUAUAUAUAUAUAUAUAUAUAUAUAUAUAUAUAAUCUCAAAAGAUGGGAAAUAACCAUGGGUUGGAUUUUUUGUUCAGUGUUGGCUCUAUAAUUACAGCUGGGUGUUCACCAUGGCAAAAUAUUCUACAGCAGUUGAACCACCACAGAGUUUUUGUAUAUUGGUUGGGAUUCAUGAAUUGGAUUGUUAGUCUGUCGUUCCUGAAGAUCGUUUGUAUGGCCACACUAGAGGGCACUUCUGAUUCUUAUUGAAGUUGUGUUUAAAUGUAUAACAUAACUGCAAAACGUAAUACCUUUUUUUUUUUUUUUUUUUUUUAAUUACUUUAGAUCGGUAGACUGUAUAUUAGGCUAAAAUACAAAUAGGGUGUUGUAUACAAAUAAGGUGCUGUAUCAUCUAGGUUCCUUAUCUCAUCCAUACAGGCCUGUUGGGGAGAGAGAUUAUAAAAUCCCCUCUGGCUAUACACCAUAUUAUUCCAGGGGUCUGUGUCUUCAUCUGCAUCAAGAGCAUACUCCAUAAUUGGUACACUCAAAGGCUGCCCCUUCCAAGCAAGAUCUUGAUAUGUCUCAUUGCAUUAGGGCUGCAGAAAUUUGUACAUGCAAACGUAUUCCUGACACUAUAGUCCUGAAGUGGCUGUUUAGGUGCCCAGUUUCCCUUCGAUCUCAGUAAAAUGUGAUUUUAGUCACCUUGCCAUGUCUGUCUCUGAGCUCAUUAGUCUUCAUUAUCUCAGCCAAUAUAGGAAAGCAUUGAUAGACUAUUGUGCAUGCGCAGCAAAACACAGAGCUGUGCCAGUCAGCAUCUCCCCAUAGAGAUGCAUCAAAUCAAUGCAUCUCUAUGGGGAAUGUUCAGCUGCAGGGAGAUGCUAAACGUAGGUGCUGCUGAGAUGGGAGCACCUCUAGAUGCCAUCUGAGUGACUGCUACUAGAAGUGUUACUAGGCACCAAUGUAAACACUGCCUUUCCUCUAAAAAGGCAGCGUUUACAUUGAAAAGCCUAGGCACUAAUGUAAACACCGCCCUUCCUCUAAAAAAGCAUUGAAAAGCCAGCAGGAACAUGCUGUAUGUAUGGGUUCUCGUGACUAUAGUGUCAUUUUAAUGGAAUACAAUAAGUACUAAAACAACUUUAGGUCAGUGAAGCACUUUUGACAUAUAGAUCAUGCCACUGCAGUCUCACUGCUCAAUUAUCUGCUAUUUAGUAGUUAAAUCACUUUUUUGGUUCUUUUUAUGCAGCCCUAGCUACAGCUCCUCUUGCUGCGACUUCAGAGUGUCUGUGAAAAAUAUUUUUGGAUUUUUACUUUGUUUUUAAUCUCCUCCUCUGUUCAUUUAACUUACACACGGGAGGUUCUAAUAGGCUAUUAACAUAACAGAUUACACAAAAUGUGCAAAUAAGGCAGUUUAAGCUUUAGAUUUCUCAUUACAGGAUGUAUGUACGAUGACUGUGUAGGUUACAUGAAGGGGUGGGGGGGGGUGAGGAGUUGGCUAGGGCUGUAUAAACAAAGUUAUUUACCUCCUAAAUGGCAGAUAUUAAAGCAGUUAAACUGUAGGGGCAUGAUCUAUACAGCAAAAUUGUGUUGAGUGUUAGAAAUACAAAUAUGUUUUCGUGACACUAUUGUGCUGGAAUAAAUCGUUAGGCCCCGGCCUCCCCCUCUGUUAAGAUUAAAGCUUUUAUUCACCUUGACUCCAUGCCUGAGAUCUUCAUUCUUGAUGUUCUCAUCCAAUGCUUAAGCAUUGGGAGGAUAUCGCGCAUGCAUGGCAAAAUGUCACCCUGUGCCAAUCAACAUCUAUUCGAGUUGCAUUGUCUCAAUGCAUCUCUAUCGAAUAUUCAGCGUCUCCCCAGAGUGUAGAGACAUUGAACUCCAGUGCAUAGAACUGAGAUAAGAACCUCUAGUGGCCAUCUGAAUGACUGCCACUAUAGGUGUUACAGGCCAACAAUGUUAACACUGCCUCUUAUCUGAUAAGGCAGUGUUUACUGUGCUAACACUGCAGGGACAUGCUAUAGACACCAGAACCACUACAUUAAAGGACCACUCUAGGCACCCAGACCACUUCAGCUUAAUGAAGUGGUCUGGGUGCCAGGUCCUUCUAGGGUUAACCCAUUUUUUUUUAAACAUAGCAGUUUCAGAGAAACUACUAUGUUUAUCAAUGGGUUAAGCCAGCCUCCAAAUCCUCUAGUGGCUGUCUCAUUGACAGCCACUAGAGGCGCUUGCGUGCUCCUCACUGUGAUUUUCACAGUGAGAGCACGCCAGCGUCCAUAGGAAAGCAUUGUAAAUGCUUUCCUAUGCGACGGGCUGAAUGCGCGCGCAGCUCUUGCCGCGCAUGCGCAUUCAGCCGACGGGGCGGAUCGGAGGAGAGGAGGCAGAGAGCUCUCCGCCCAGCGCUGGAAAAAGGUAAGUUUUUAACCCUUUCCCCCUUCCAGAGCCGGGCGGGAGGGGGACCCUGAGGGUGGGGGCAAGUAUGUUUUCCUGGCACUAUAGUGGUCCUUUAAGCUGCAGUGGGUCUGGUGUCUAUAGUGUCACUUUGAAGCUAAAGUAAUUUUGUUGCCUAUAGUAUCCUAUUCUUAUCCUGUGUACCACUUGUGAUGUUUGAUCUCCAUUCCAGCCUGUAUUAUUUUAAAAACAAUACUUGUAUUGGCAGCACUGUUGGGUAAGCUGCUGGCAAGUUGGUACUACACUUCAAGAAGUGGGUGUGCUUCAGUGCAUUUUCAUGUCCUCCUCCAACGUAACAUUCACGUAUUAAAGUAUUUAUUUUUAAUGGUUGGCAGAUUGAGACAGUGAAUUGAAUGAUAUUGAACAGAGAACAACAUAGAUGUUGAGGUACUUUCAUUAGAUUUGAGAAGGGGUAGUGCAACGGCUAUUACAUUUAAAUCUAUUACUUUUAUCGAUGUGUGUAUAUAGUGUUUUUUGUUUUUAUCUGGCUGAGCAGCCAUUUUGAGAUAGACUACUAAUCAUCUGACUGCUGUCCAUUCUAACCUGCUCAUGCAAUAAACUGCACCAGCAGGCACAUCACCAGUGCUCAUUACUUUUCAGAGAAAAGAUUAGGUGAGCAACAUGUUUUUAAAAGCAUUGUUUCAUGUAGUCAUCACAUUCAGGCUUCUACAUUAUUGUUAUACUUAUAUAGCGCCAACAAAUUCCAUAGCGCUUUACAAUGGGUGGACUAACAAACAUGUAAGUGUAACCAGACAAGUUUGAUGCACAGAAACAGAGGGGUUGAGGGCCCUGCUCAAUGAGCUUACAUGCUAGAGGGAGUGGGGUAAAGUGACCCAAAAGGUAAGGGAAGUGUAUGGGAAGUAGAAUAGUAUUCAAUGAAGACUUGGUGUGUUUGUUUUUGAGCCAUUAAUAGUUUAAUCGAUAUGCUUUUGUGAAAAGGGGAGUUUUUAAUUAUUAUUUUUUAAGGCGUGGAGACUGGGUGAGUGUCUAUCAGGGAAGGGAGUUCCACAGGAACGAUGCAGCCCUAGAGAAAUUUUGAAGGCGAGCAGGGGGGAUAGAUUACGUCUUGUUUUAGUCCCCCCUCCCUGCUUCUUACCUGGCCAGGGAGGGGGGUGAUGUCCUUCACUGGUGGCAUGGACUGUGCAGAGGGGGCACAGCAACACGCUUGCUUCCCUUCCCAGAAGCUCCCCUGUCUAACUCUUGCGGCCUGCGUACAGAGAGUUGCCAUGGUAACGCACUGGUUGGCGUGCGACUCGCGAGAUUUAGACGGGGAACUGCUGGGAGGGUAAGUAAGAGUAUGCGGCUGGGCUCUCCACGAUAGCCUAGCACAUGACAACCAUCUCAGUUGUCACGCCCUGAUGGUGGCCCAGGUCUGCAUCUUUAUAGGCCGAUACCGAUAUUGCUGAAAAUUCAGAAUAUCGGCCAGACCGAUAAUCGGUCGAUCCCUAAUUGGAAGCCAAAGGAGCUAAUGAGUUUACCAAGGGAGGCAGUAUAGAUUGAGAACAGCAGGAGACCAAGGACUGAACCUUGGGGUACACCAACAAAGAGAGGUUGGGAGGAAGAGGCAGAGCCAGAUAAAGAAACACUAAAAGCGCUGGGUGAGGUAGGAGGAGCACCAGGAGAGAGCAGUAUCUUGUUGUCCGAGAUUAGAAAAUGCUGUUGAUGAUCAACAGUAUAAAAAACCAGCAGAAAGGAGGUCAAGGAGAAUUAGGAUAGAGUAGUGACCAUGAGAUUUUGCAGCGAAUAGAUCAUCCACAUAAUACCUACAUUUUGCUGGUAGAAUAUCAUGGAUAUGUAGUGAUAAGGGUCAGCUUCCAUCCCUCUUCACAUCCUUAUGCCUAUUCAUUAGUUUUUAUUCACCUAUUUCAGUGUGAUGUGAUCUAGAUAUAUAUCUAAUUUUCAAAGGUACAUCUCCAGAUGUUGUAGUUUUAAAACAUCUAGGGAUCUACCUGUAGAACAUCCGUGAACUAAUGUAUCUACUUACUUAUGUAAGACAGACUGUUUGAAUUUUCUUAUGUAAGACAGAAUAAUAUACCUAACCUUUUUCUAUAAAUUGUGGCAUUUGUUGGCUGUAUAUAUAAAUAUUUAUUGUAAUUUAAGGACUUGCAAAAGUGGUUUAUUGUGUCUCUUUACUUAGUGUCUCUUUUUAUCUACAGGAUGUUUCAAAACUGACACCCCUUUCACCAGAAAUCAUCAGCAGACAAGCAACAAUUAAUAUAGGUAUGUUGUGAAACUUGACUAAAAUAGUCACUUGUCAUUUACACUGCAUAUGUAUGUUAAUCAAAAAGGGACAUUCUAAGCACCAAAACAACUUCAGCUUACUUAAGUGAUUUUGGUGUUUAGACCAUGCCCGUUUAGUCUCACUGCACAAUUCUGUCAUUUAAGCUAAAGUUGUUUUGGUACUUGGAUAGGAACUUCCAAUAUACUGGUUUUCUUCUGUAACGUUAAAGGACCACUAUAGGCACCCAGACCACUUCAGCUUGCCAGGUCCCCCCUAGUUUCAACCCUGUAGCUGAAAACAGAGAAAUUGCAGGUAUAAUCCAGCCUCUAGUGGCUGUCUCCCUGACAGCCACUAGAGGCGCUUCUGCGAUUUACACUGAGUAAAUUGCACUUAUUUGACACUGGACGUCCUCAGGGUCAAAUAAGAUUGCCAUAGGAAAGCAUUGAGUAAUGCUUUCCUAUGGGUGUGUUUGAAUGCCCGCGCACGCCUCUGGCCGCGCAUUCGGCUCUACUCGGGAGCUGACGUCGGCGGGGGAGGAGAGGUCACCGGUGCCGAGGGAGCCCGGCACUGGAUUAAGGUAAGUGGCUGAAGGGGUUUUAACCCCUUCAACUGCAAGGGAGGGGGGCACUCCAGGAGCCUAUAGUGCCAGGAAAACUGGUUUGUUUUCCUGGCACUAUAGGAUCCCUUUAAGUGCUGCUAUCAAGCCAAACAUGGCUUGUCACUUUACAGUUCCAUAUAUACGCACUGAUUUUAUACCCAGGCACAAUCAAUCCUCCACCACUACACACCCCUCCUAGCACAUUGCAUACACUCCAUCCACAUAUUUUUAUGGUUUGUAUCAUUUUGCAUAAAAUAACAUUCUUGGGUUCAGUGUGUAAGGAAUAUUUUGUCUGCACGGAGACAGAACAUGUCACUCCAGGCGCAUGCAUUAAAUUUUUGGGAAAGAUUCUAUGUUAUUUCUGGACUACAUAAUGGAGUGUCACCUUGGACUUUGCUUUACAUAUUGCAUUGUAUGUUUUAAGGGGAUGGGGGUCUCCAGUUUGUAUCCUAACAUUUCAGUAAACCUACAUUGACAAGGAUACCCACUUAAUUCUAAGUAUUGUGUUCUUUUGGCACGCACUUAUAUGUUCUUUUUUUGGCUUCCUGGCAACAAUCCUCCAGACUCGGACCUCAGUGGUAUCUGGCCUUGAGUUUUCAUUAUCGCUUAGUGUCUAAUUUUAAACAAAGAUCAUGUGUGACUGUACACAACACUUUAACCUGGUAAUUACUCAGUGUGCUAUACUUGCUGCAACGCUAUCAUUUUUAGUGCUGAUUCACAAACCAGACAUUUCUAACAAAUGUAAGAAACAUGCUAAAUAAAUAUGUAUGCCAGUAUGGAAUCUUACCUGUAUGUGUGUAAGUAGCAUUAUACAUAUCUAAAACACAGGGUGUUUACAGAUACACUUUUUGUGCCUUCUAACAACUGUAGUGACACACAUCACACCAAUGUGGCUUCUUAACCCAUCAAAUAUUUGUCAGCACCUACUCUUUUAGAUGGGUCAGACAAGACCUGUUUUUAGAACAUUCCAAUAAAAUCCAAGUUUCAAAUAAAAUCACAUGUCUUCUUACACCGGUAGAAUCACAAAAGGAAAUACAGGUGCACACUGGAUUAAUUAAAAGGACACUCUUGGCAUCAUAACCACUUCAGUUUAUUGAUGUGGUUAUGGUGCUGGGAUACUAACCCUGCAUAGAGUGUUUACAUUAGAGAGUUUUACAGGAGCUACUCAUUUUGAAAAUUAACAGCUGCACAGACCAGGUCUGUCUGGAGUCUGCAGUAUGUGCAUUAUGCAUUCACGGGAGAGGUUUCAAUUGAAGUGAACAGAAGCAAUUGGUUUGUGUAUUGGGGAGAAGAUGAUUUUUUUUUUUUGAUUUUUUUUAAUCACUAAAUGUUGAGCCUACAUGGUGAUAAGCUCUUUAACACAUCGAGACUAGAGAUGUCGCGAACUGUCCGCCGGCGAACAAUAGCGUGUUCGCGUUGGGCGAACAUAUCCGAUUUCCGGUCCGCCCCCUAUACGUCGUCAUUGAGUAAACUUUGGGUGGAAUGUGUCUGCUGGCUGUGAGGUUCCGGGUCAAUCAGCAGCAGACCCUCCCUCCCAGGAAGUGUCUGCUGACUGAGGUUCCGGGUCAAAGUUUAGUCAAUGAUGACGUAUAGGGGGCGGACUGGAAAUCGGAUAUGUUCGCCCAACGCGAACACACUAUUGUUCGCCGGCGGACAGUUCGCGAACAGUUCGGCGGACAGUUCGCGACAUCUCUAAUCGAGACCUAGAUGAUGUGUUUCAUAGUUAUUUGAUUACAAAAUUCACUUUUUUACAUAUUACAUUGCUAUCACACAAGAAAAUUUAUGAAAUACAAAUUCUGAGAUUUUCUCUGUGCAUUUUUUUUUUUUUUUAACAGGUUAUAUGCAAAAACACAGAAGAUAAAGCUAAAUACAUAUUUAUUCUGUUAAUAUGUUCGUAUAGUUUGUGUAACUCACCAGGUGGUAUUUGCUAUGGUUCUUACCAACUACAAACAAGCCAUGUCUUGUGAACUGAAAUGAAAUACUCACAAUGCUACAUACUUUAGGGCAUAAAAAAAGCAACCAAAAAACAAGCGUGUUGAUAGAUGGCAAUGCAAUAAGAUUACCCAACAAUAAUACAUAAAAAAAAAAAAAUCUCUCGCCUUUUCCAUUUAAUGUAAUCAAGCUGGGCUAUUAAUAUAAAACAUUUUUUUUUGUUACAUUUUUAAACCAAUAGUAUAGUGACACAUUUCUGUUUUGUUUUAGGUACCAUUGGGCAUGUAGCCCAUGGAAAGUCCACUGUAGUCAAAGCUAUAUCUGGUGUGCACACUGUCCGAUUUAAGAAUGAACUGGAGCGGAAUAUUACCAUCAAGCUGGGAUAUGCCAAUGCUAAGGUUAGUUUACGACCCAGGUUGCAAUCAUGUUUUGCAGCUGCUGUUACUGCUACAGCAUUGAGGGGCCUGCAUCAGCUGGUGGAUGUAUCUACUGUGAAAUGUUAAACUUCGUUUUACACUGUGCAUUAUAGCUUUCAUUUUAAUGGAGAUGCUGUAAUUAUGUUAUGUUUACUAACUUGAAAUGCUGUUGUCUGCUACAAAUUGUUCACAAUCUCAAAAUAGUGUUUAACCUCUUAAGGACACGUGACUUGUCAUGAUUCCGUUUUAUUCCAGAAGUGUGGUCCUUAAGGGGUUAAACAAACCACAAUUUAAAAUGGUGUGUUUUUUUUUAAAUUUAUUUGUUGAGCUCCUCACACAGGUGGAACAUGACAUGUACAAGUUUAAUUCAAUGAGGCCUUAACAUGCUAGUGUUUGCUUAGGUGGGAAGUAGUGGCAGCACACACGCUUUUGAAUCGGGCAUGUGCUUCUGAGUAUUUCAUAAAAAAAAUGUCAGCCAGCAUACCCUGCAAGGUCAUAACAUUUCUUGAGAAAAAGAAAGGACUACUUUGUCAUAUGGUUAACUUGCUGGGCUACCACAGUCAGGUUUUGUUCUUUCCCAGCAGCCAUCAUCAGUGUGAUCUUCCAUAGACCACUUUUUUUCUCUCAAAAUGUACUUUGAAUCAAGUGAUGUCCCUAGACUUCAUUGGUAAUUUGCUAUGAGGCUUGGGGGUUUUUUUUUGUCUCCGUUAACCGCUUUGCAUUUAGUGGUAUUUCUGUUUUAUUUGUGACUUGAAAAAAGAAACAGAAGGCCAGUACACAGCAGUGCUCUUAGUCUUACACUUCUUUGGGGAUCUACAAAAUCCUUAUAUGAUGUAAUUGUUUUUGAAACUACCAUUACAAACCAGUGCAAAAACCUGUUUCUUUAUACAUUUCAGAUCUACAAACUGGAUGACCCCAGCUGUUCCCGGCCUGAAUGCUACCGCUCUUGUGGCAGCAGUACACCAGAUGAAUUUCCAACAGACCUAGUCAACACAAAGGGGAAUUUUAAAUUGAUCAGGUAAUUGAGAACAGUUUGCUAUAGAUACCUAUUUUAGUUUACUUGUAAUAACCUGCACUCCCUAUUCUACUUUCAGUUCUAUCUUCAAGGUGGAUUAAUUGGUGGUCUGUGGUUGCAUAUGAUAUUCUUUUAAGUAGUAUAAGUAUGUCCGUAUUGCAAAGCCUAUUUAUUGCCGUGGCUCAUUCAGCAACAACAAGGAGGUAAUCAAUACUCUCCCAUGCAGAAUAGCAGAAUGUGACGACAGAUAAGAACCAUUUGCCCAUCUAGUCUGCCCAAUUAUCUAAAUACUUUCAUUUGUCUUUGGCCUUAUCGUAUAGCUAGGAUAGCCUUAAGCCUGUCCCACACAUGCUUAAACUCUUUUACUGUGUUAACCUCUACCACUUCAGCUGGAAGGUUAUUCCAUGCAUCCACUACCCUCUCAGUAAAGUUAAUACUUCCUGAAAUUAUUUUUAAACUUUUUGUCCCUCUAAUUUAAGACUGUCCCCUUGUUGUGGUUGUUUGUCUUCUUUUAAAUAUAGUCUCCUCCUUUACUGUGUUGAUUCCCUUUAUGUAUUUAAAUGUUUCUAUCAUAUCCCCCUGUCUAGUCUUUCCUCCAAGCUAUACAUGUUAAGAUUCUUUAACCUUUCCUUGUAUGUUUUAUCCUGCAAUCCAUUAACCAGUUUAGUAGCCCUAAUGCAUGCUACAGUUAAGUGCUUUGAGGUGUCAUUAAAGGGUUACUCCAACCACCAAAGGCACUUCUGCAUUUAGUAGUGGUCAUGGUGGUAGGAGUCUGAAUAUGCAGAAUUUCAAAAACUGCACAGAGAUAUUUGCCCUUUUGUGUUGGUGGUUAGUUGCACACUGGCACACGUGACUUAAGCAGCCUAGAACUCUGUUCUGGGUUGCCUAAUAUAAAUUCUGUGCAGAAAUUACACAACCUGCACUGGCACCAAACUUAAUGAGCGUUUCCCCUCCUUUCUUUCAUUUAAGUUGCGGUGAAACUGUCCAAUAAAAUGUAUUCUCUAUGAGUAACAUUUGAUCAGACCACAAGAGAGUGCUAAUAUUGUCAGACUGAGGCAGGGCAUACAGCAAGGGCAGGGACACUAGUCACCAGAACAACUACAGCUAAUUGAAUUUGUUCUGGUGAGUAGAAUCAUUACCGUCGGGCUUUUGCUGUAAACACUGUCUUUUCAGAGAAAAUGCAGUGUUUACAUUACUGCCUAGUGAUAACUUCACUGGCCACUCCUCAGAUGGCUGUUAGAGAUUCUCCCUUGGUCAUGGCUGCCUAAAAUGCAUCCAAAAAUUCUGUCUCCUCCCUCUGCAUUCAGACUCUGAACUUUCCUCAUAGAGAUUCAUUGAUUCAAUGUAUCUCUCUGAGGAGAUGCUGAUUCGCCAGGGCUGUUUGAAUUGUGCUGGCUCUGCCUCCUUGUCAGUCUCAGGCAAUCCUAUGGAGAAACACUGUGAUUGGGUCACGCUACCACUUAUAAUGAUGUCAGCAGACUGCUUGAUGGUCUGAGGCAGACAGGGCAGAGCCAGCAGAUUCAGGCUUGAAUACAUGUAAGAUUUUGCUAUAUUUAUUUAGGGAGGCAUGAGGGGCCCGGGGGAGGCUAGAUGGUGGUUUUUACACGUUUGUGUUCCUGACCCUAUACAUGUUUGUGUUCCUGACCCUAUAGUGUUCCUUUAACCCAUUAAGGACCAAACUUCUGGAAUAAAAGGGAAUCAUGUCAUGUCACACAUGUCAUGUGUUCUUAAGGGGUUAAAGGAUCACUAUAGGCAUCCAGACCACUUCAGUUCAAUGAAGUGGUCUGGGUGCAAGGUCCCCCAGGUUUUUACCCUGCAGCUGUAAACAUAGCAAUUUCAGAGAAACUGCCAUGUUUACACAGGGGUUAAUAAGACAGCCACUAGAGGUGCUUCUGUGCUUCUCACUGUAAAAAUCAGUGAGAAGAUGCUGGAUGUUUAUAGGAAAGCAUUGAGAAAUGCUUUCCUAUGGACUGUCUGAAUGCGCGCGUGGCUCUUGCAGUGCAUGCGCAUUCAGCGAUGACGUCUGGUGGAGGAGAGUUCCCCAGUGCGGAGGGAGCCCAGUGCUGGAGAAAGGUAAGUGUUUAACUCCAGCCCCCUUGAGCCCAGCUGGAGUGGGACCCUGAGGGUGGGGGGAAGCUAAAGACCCUAUAGUGCCAGGAAAACGAGUUUGUUUUCCUGGCACUAUAGUGGUCCUUUAAGUUUGCUUAUUUUAUAGGGUAUAUAAAGAAAAACAGGGAUCGGACAUACUUAUAAUGGCCAAAACAAAAAAAAUCUAAAAGGAAGGAAAGGGGCAUUACAGAUUUUAGUAAAGUACCAUACAUUUUAUGUCCUAUUCCUCCUUUAAGUACACAUUCACCACAACCUGUUUUUCUCUGUUGACAGACAUGUGUCCUUUGUGGACUGCCCAGGUCACGACAUCUUGAUGGCUACCAUGCUGAACGGUGCAGCUGUUAUGGAUGCAGCAUUAUUAUUAAUAGGUGAGAAUAACAUGAAGGAUGAAAUGUGAUGAUUCUUUGUUUUGAACUUAUUUUAUCUAAAACCCAGAUGUAUUCUGAAAUAUUUGAAAUACUUUAGCAAGUAGUCCUUCUAGUCCUUAAUUUAAAAGGAAUACUAUGGGUGCCAUAACAAUUGUAGCUUAAUAUAGUGGCUCUGGAGCAAUGAGACUGCUUCUGCAGCCUCAGCAGUCUAAAUCACUGCUGUCUGACAUCACCUCUAGUGGCUAAUAACAAAUGAAACAAAGUAGGCACACUCCAAUGCUACAUAUAAGCUAUCCCCAAUUUGAGCUCUAUGAUAGUAGGGUGUUCACUUACAUAAGGCUCUAUCCCCAAAAGCCCAAAUACAUGUAACUACAAACUGAGUAAGGAGCACAACCAUAAAUCUUUUAUAUACGAAAGAAAAUCUUUAUUCAAUGGGUACACACUAAUAAUAUCUCAUUACAUGAAAAACCAAGAUAUAAAGUCAUAUGUUAUAAAGCAACAGCCAGAACAAUUCUGGAUAUAUAUAUCUCUAUCAAAUGCGCAGUGUGUGAAAAGAAAAAUGUCAGUAUCAUAGGUAGAAAAAAAUGAGAUCCCAAUAUAAUCAAGCCCUACAAAUACAUAUAAAAUAAAAAAUAAGCAUACCAGACCUAGUGAGAAGCAGGGACAGAGUCAAUCACCAAAACACCCCCAACAUUUCGUUUUUGGGUGUUUUGGUGAUUUACUCUGUCCCUGCUUCUUACUAGGUCUGGUUUGCUUUUUUUUUUUUUUUUAAAUAUGUAUUUGUAGGGUUUGAUUAUAUUGGUAUCUCAUUCUUUUUUUUUUUUUUCUACCUUUUUGAUACUGACAUUUUUUCUUUCACACACUGCGCAUUUGGCGUGUCUUUUUCGCGCGCUCGCGUUCUUGCUCGCGCUCUCGCACUCUUUCUCUCUCUCCCCCGGAUGUAUUCUGAAAUAUUUGAAAUAUUUUAGCAAGUAAUUUCAAAGGAAUACUAUAGAUGCCAUAACAAUUGUAGCUUAACAUGAUAUGACUUUAUAUCUUGUUUUUUUUCAUGUAAUGAGAGAUAUUAGUGUUCCCUGAUAGAGGUAGGGGACCGCUGCAAAACCAGUGUGCUAGGGGAAGAAAGGUGAGGAAUCCUUGUAUUCUAAUGCUAUAGUGAUCCUUUUAAUCUUUUUUUUUUUUCUGAAAAAAAGAUUCUGAAUGUAUAUGUAAAUAUAAACACUUUAUACUGGGUUUGAAUGCACAUCUAUUCCUUUUACUAUUUAUGUAAUUUUAUCAUGCAUUGUUUUGUAGCUGGCAAUGAAUCCUGUCCUCAGCCUCAGACCUCCGAACAUUUGGCUGCCAUUGAAAUUAUGAAACUGAAACACAUUCUUAUACUACAAAACAAGAUUGAUUUGGUGAAAGAAAGUCAAGCAAAGGAACAGUAUGAACAGAUCCUUGCAUUUGUACAAGGUAAGUUGCAACGAAGAUUACGGUAAAGUGCAAAUGACAAAUAAUUUCAAUCUUAGCUCCAUUACAACCCUACAUUAUUGCACUUUUUUACUGUAACUACACUCAGUGGGACCGGAACAUCUCACCACCUACACAACUGAAGGGACUGAGCCGCGGCUACAUGCAUGUGUGGUCUGCACUUCCUGUGGGUGCAGGCUAUUUUAAGCAUUUCCAGCUCUUGGUGAAUAAGUCAGAGUGCAGCAUAGGUUCCCCAGCCGACACUGCAUCUAUUAGAGGGGCAAACCACAUAUUUCUAAAUUGGACCAUUAGGGAGUUUACCCAUACUGUAUUACCAGGGUUUCAGGACCCCUCCUGGAUCAUCUAGAAUCAUAGCCCAACUCCCUUCAGAAGGAUAAUCAUCACAUUGUGAGGGGGCAGAAGAUAAAACACAUUGCUCAGGCUUCUAGGUAGGGGCUGCAAACUUUCUGAUAAAAGUGUGUGCGCACGCACGCACACAAGUGGAUUGGACUUUACAAUAGUUAAGCUUAUUAUAGUCAAGUCAGUUUGUUUUGAAAGCUCCUUAAUGAAAGGGUUAAUUUUUACUUCCCCGUUUAGGAAAACAUAAAUUUGCUUAAAAAUGUAACCAGAUGGGAGACCAAACAGGGAUAUGGAAAAUUCUACAGUUUGCCUUCCUAUAGCUAAUGCUUAAAACCACAUUUUAUGUUUACAGGAACUGUCGCAGAGGGAGCCCCGAUCAUUCCAAUCUCUGCUCAGCUUAAGUACAAUAUUGAAGUAGUUUGUGAAUACAUUGUAAAGAAAAUCCCAGUGCCUCUCAGAGACUUCAUUUCUGAGCCAAGGCUUAUUGGUAAGUAGAGAAAAGGUUUUGUCAGGAUGGUUGGAUUGGACUCUUCUAUUUGUGAUAUAGAAUUGGGGAGAUUUUAGAAAUAUUUCUGUAAUCUGUGACAUUGUUUUCUGUACAGGUGGUCCUCACUUUACGAUGGCACGCCUUUCCUACCAACUCUCUAGCAUGGGGAUUUUAGGGAUUCCCCACGCUAAUGAGCUAAUAUAUGUUCGGAAAAGAUUCCCUGAACGUAGAUUUGCGGGAUUCCCUGUGCUCGUAAACUAAUCUGUGUUUGUGGAAGUUCUCCAAACACAGAUUUACAGGAUUCUCUGCACUAGCAAACUGGUCUACGUUUGGUGGACUUCCCCCGAACGUAGACCCCCUCUUUAGUACAUCCACGCCUACCGACCAGUUUGUUUCACGACAGUAGUACGAAUAGAACCCAGCCGGUAAGUGAGGACUGUCUGUGUGUGUGUGUAUAUAUAUAUAUGUGUGUGUGUAUAUAGAUAUAGAUAUAGAUAUAGAGAGAGAGAGAGAUAUAGUAAGGAAACCAAGGUUCGCAAAUUCUAUGGAAGUCUUGUGUGACCAGCUCACCCUGGGCUGCAUGCCCAAAACAGUUCCACGAAUUUGGUGGGUUUUGCUGGUCACUUUCGAAAAACAUAAAAAUGAAGAAAAGUACCGAAUGGAUCCCUCUGGCUCCUAGCCGCGUUCGUGCCCCUCUGUCGAAUGCACAAAAGUACCGAAUAGCGCUCUUCUAGCUAUUCGGUAAAUAGAGUUCCAGCGUUCGUUUGUUUGGGACCGGUGUUCGGGAAGUCGAGUGUCCGUUAAACCGUUCCAUGCACUCGACGACCAGGUCCUGCUGCCUUUGUUCGCAUGAACAAAGAUGGCCGCGGUUUUCUCUGCCACGUGGCGUUCGACUAACGAACGCUGGCUGCACAGACAGAGGUAGCAAUUUCAACUAAAUCUUUGUUUAAUGAGCCAGAGGGUGGUCCCGGUUCGGUAGUUUAAUCUACCGAAUGCAAUAGGCAGUACAUAGAGAAUAAAAAGGGAAUGCACACUGUAAAUCACAUAGGAAUAGGGGGGUUUCUUCACAUGUGACAGACGUGACAGAGUCUGGAGAUGCCGUGGAGAACGUUCUGCUGCCUGCAACAUGCAUGACCAGUUUGGCACUAGGUCAGUAAUGUUGUGGGGUGGCAUUUCUUUGGAGGGCCGCACAUGUGCUCGCCAGAGGUAGCCUGACUUCCAUUAGGUACCUAGAUGAGAUCCUCAGACCCCUUAUGAGACCAUAUGCUGGUGCGGUUGGCCCUGGGUUCCUCCUAAUGCAAGACAAUGCUAGAUCUCAUGUGGCUGGAGUGUGUCAGCAGUUCCUGCAAGACGAAGGCAUUGAUGCUAUGGACUGGCCCGCCUGUUCCCUAGACCUGAAUCUAAUUGAGCACAUCUGGGACAUUGUCUCGCUCCAUCCACCGUCAAAUUGCACCACAGACUGUCCAGGAGUUGGCAGAUGCUUUAGUCCAGGUCUGGGAGGAGAUCCCUCAGGAGACCAUCCGCCACCUCAUCAGGAGAAUGCACAGGCGUUGUAGGAAGGUCAUACAGGCACGUGGAGGCCACACACACUACUGAGCCUCAUUUUGACUUGUUUUAAGUACAUUACAUCAAAGUUGGAUCAGCCUGUAGUGUUUUUUUCCACUUUAAUUUUGAGUGGUACUCCAAGUCCAGAUCUCCACUGGUUGAAAAUUUUUUGUGAUUUUGUUCUCAGCACUCUCCCUCUUCCGAUCACCCCAGGCAUUUAAGCAACUUUUUUCUAUUCCGGUUGAGUGCCAAACUUUACAUUAUUUUUUGUGUUUUCAGAUACAAAUAUUAUAUUCUUUGAGCUUUGAAAUUGCUGUUUAGGGAAUAAGUGAGUGCACCUGAUCAUGUGUGUCUGCGUAUAUAUGUGUCUAUAAAAUAUAGUUUUGUUUGUAAUAAUUUUAAAGUGGGUGUCUCUGCAGUUAUUGAUAUGCCUCCCCAUCAUGUAAUUGUAAAAGGUCUGCAUAUAAGGCUGUACUUGGGAAUGAAGAGUGUAUAAUUAGCUGAAGCUUCCUCUCUCCAACUUCUGGCAGCUGGAGUUACUCAUCACACACCAAAAAAGAGAUAAUAAUCUUUCAGUACAUCGACUGGGUGCCUUUUCCAAUUAGCCACUGUGAUGGCAAAGCAGAAAAUAGGUCAUUAAAGCUCUGCUUUCUGACAGAUUUUACUACACAUACAUUCGUGGUGGCUACUUUGCCUUGCGUAUCUCAUUUGCUUUGGUCUAUAUGAAGAAUUCAGAGGUGACACUGCCACUUUAGACAAUUGUCACUUAAAUAUAUAUUAAUGUAACGUUCCUUUAUCAAGUAUUGAAAGGAAUUAAAAAAAAAGACUGUAUAGUCUGUCUAUUAGAGAAUUUGAAAUAUAAGUGAUGCUGGUAUUUCAUAUUUUAAUUUCUCUAGAAUACAGGCAUUGUGUAGCAGGAAUUGGGCAAUGAUUAUGAAAGUACAUGUAUCGUGCAUUUCUUGGUCAUUGACCAGGAUAUUAAUUUUAGUCUGGCAGAAUAUACCAAGUAGGUGAACCGAAUAGAUUGAUUUUCUUGUUGUUUUUUUUUGGGUGGGGGGAGGUUAAACUUUUUUUUUCUUCCUUGUCAACUUUGUUUUAUUUAUCUCUAGUUUCCUCUGAAAUGUAGAACAGCAGUAAAAAAAAAAUCAAGAUUGAAGAAACAUAGUUGAAUUUGUCUCUCUCUCUAUGUAUGUAUAUGUGUGUGUGUGUAUAUAUAUAAUGUGUAUGUGUAUAUAUGUAGUGUGUGUAUGUAUGUAUAUUUUUAUAAAAUGUCCUUUUACUGAUCCUUUUAGGACUUUCAUGACAAGUGGUUAAAAGUGUAUCACCGUUCCGGCAUGUACCAACUGCUAUACUGUUUUGUGUGUGUUACUAAUCCUGUUAUACUAACAUGCAGACUUGAGUCCCAUAUUUUUGAAGUAUUGACAAUACAAUUUGGUAACCCUUUUCUCUUCUCUCAGUUAUCAGAUCUUUUGAUGUUAAUAAGCCAGGAUGUGAAGUUGACGACCUUAAAGGUGGUGUAGCAGGAGGCAGUAUUCUCAAAGGAGUGUUAAAGGUAUGUGUAUUUUGAAUGUAAUAAAAGUGCAGAAUUGUUAAACAGAGCAUACGUCUACUUCACCAUAUCAGAAAAAUGUGAUCAUUUUUUUUUUAGUACAGAACAAUUUUACAUUGAGUAGCAGCAUUUCUAUUCAGUUGGUUUUGUCCACCAGACUUGAGUUUUGUUAAGGGUUUUAAAGAUUUUAAAUCUGUAAACACUUGACAUCUUGAAACUAACAAGAACGUAGCACUGGUAAUACAGUCAGCCAAUAGGAGCAUUACUUCAUAUCUAUACAGAAUAUAGCAACAUUUUGCUAAAUAUAUUAAGCUAGCUAGACCUUUAAAUAUCAGCAAUAUUAAUAUUUGCUUGUUGUAUUUAUGUCUGCAGGUAGGUCAAGAAAUCGAGGUCCGGCCUGGUAUUGUCUCCAAGGACAGUGAAGGAAAACUAAUGUGCAAGCCAAUAUUUUCCAAAAUUGUGUCUUUAUUUGCCGAACACAACGAUCUGCAAUAUGCUGCUCCAGGAGGCCUUAUUGGUAAGUUUGGUUACUGCUCUUAUACUUUGUAUUUAGGUAGUGCUAGAUUUAUUUAAAAAUAUAUAUAUUUUCAAUAAAGUGCAUCAAUGGGGUUCCAGCAGUUAUGCAUCCCUCCAAUUGGGGUUUGCUUCAUUGUCACCCUUCAAUGAGAUUCAGGUUGUCAGUGUAUAUACGGUUUUGUACUACAACCAAUAGUCGGGGCUAUUGCAUGUUACAUACAAAAUGGAAUGAGGGAGAAAGUCCACUUGCCAUGAAGGACAGAAAACAGUAUUGAGGCAAAAAUGCAUAAAGAAUACAAGACAUGGAAGGGAUGCUGAUACCCUUGUAAUACUAAGGAAACCUGGGUUAGUGGAUCUGGAUGUUUAAUCUUCCAUAUCUGCUUUUAUACAAUAAUUCACACUGUUUGGUAGUGUUUUUCUUCACGUGCAUGUGUUUUGUAUAUGAUUUUAUGAAGAUAAUUAACUUGUAAUACAGCUUUAUGCUUUGAGCCCUCUUAUUCUUUCCUGUUUUUCUAAAGGCUUUUGUUUUAAAUCUGUUUUAUUGGUUCAUUCAAUAAGCGAUCAUCCCACGCAGGGGAGGUAAGCAAAUCAUAGUUAACAUAUGUCAAAGGCAUUAACCAUCAAGCAUAAUAUGGAUCAAUUUCAAAACAGUCAGUGCCUGGUAGGGCGGAAAAGUUUAAGUAUAUAAGCAUAUGUUACGUAUAUUUAACGAUAUUGAUUCUAUGAAUUAUCUGCUAACAUGAGGCAUUAUCUAAAUAGUCAAAUAAAGUAUACAGCAGUAUGUUGAGCUUGAAUUACUCUUGCCCUCUGGCCUAAUAGUUUGGCACAUGUUGUGAGAGUUGCGAUGUUGGAUAAGCGGUCAUCCCACGCAGGGGAGGUACGCAAAACUUAUCUAAGUUACAAAUAUAAGAUUAUCUAAGAAUUUGUGGCCUUAAACUUAAGCUCAUAUGAGCACUGCUGCAUGGACAGUGUAUGCAAGACUAGUAAAAUAUAUUAAGCAGGCAGCAUUAUAGCAUGAACCUAUUACUGAGGCUUUUCAGUCCUCAAAGACCAUCAAGCAUAAGACAGGAGCAUAACGUAUAUAAAACAUGAUGCUGCAUAAUGUACAGCUCUAUAUGGUGAAUAAACGACAAGAAGAAAAAACAUUUACUGCUGCCUGUCAUGAACAGCGUGUAUCAACUCAGUCCACAAGCAUUGAGGGGCCACGGACGCGACCCCCCCAAGCGGGGGGAGCCGACUGCAGAUGCAUUUGCGGCUGAUCCCAGGGGCGCCAGGCCUCCGCGGCGUCCCCCCAGGCCGCGCCAAGCUUCCAUCCGGGAGUUCUGCAGCACAGCGGGCACUCGGGGAUCCAACAGUCCACGGGCCCCACCACCUAAAGUCCGUGUGCCAGUCAGUAAUCCCCUGCACCCCCACUACACCACUGGGGUCCCAGAUGGUCAGGGUGAAGGCCGUCUUGUGUCUCAUCCUUCUCCGGCCACUCGGGGCAGGCGCCGGCCUCCCCACAGCCACCGGUCUGCCGGGGGCUGCCGCGUUCUACUCCACGAGGGCUCACAGCGUCGGGGACAGCUGCCUGCAGGCCCUCCUCAAAACCCACAGGUGACGGCACUUCGGUCUCCGCAGGGCUCAGUCCAAGGGUCGCGGCAUCCGGCCAGUGUGCCCCAAGGACACCGCAGCAGCAUCCCGCCUGGCUCCCCCGCCCACGUGCAUCGCCCCCGGGGCCCCACCUCACCCGCGGGUGUUGCAUCCACAGGACAGCUUCUGAUGGCAAAGCAGGGCUAUUGUAGGCCGUUAAGUCCAGGGUACGUAUCGAUCCUGUAGCGUAGGCAAUAAUCGUCUCUUAAUUCCGAGUGUAGAUGUCGGGCGGGCCACGGGUUGGCAGCCAUUGCCUGUGCAGGAGGUCAGCGAGCACUCCGGGCGGCUGUCUCCACCCCAGGGCGUGCAGCCUCCAUGUAGCCGGGAUUACCCCCACCGGCCGGGGGGGGGGGCCGGGCCGCAGCUCUCACCCGUGUAGAUCUCCCCCAAUGUGCAUAGCAUAGUUGGUGUGCUUGUACCUCCGGCCAUGCAAUCAGGCGUCUAUUCUCUGUCUGCAGCUGUCCUCAUGCAGGCUUAUGCAGGCGUGUAGGCCCGGUUCAGCAGUCUCAGUGUUCCCUGUGAAUUUUUGGGGGCUGUAAUCUGGUAUCAUAUGGGUGCUUGGGUAGUACCCCAUUGUAGUGCAGCAUGCAAUCCGGCCCUGGGGCAAGUUGUGAGUAAGUUUUAUGCCGUUGUUUAGGGCUUAAGCUCGGAGCCACAGUGUUCUGCUGCCAUGCUGCUCGGCGGCCCGGCCCCGCCCCCUUUCUAAAGGCUUUUGAAGCAAAAUUGCGCAGUUUGUUUCCACACUACUUUGUUGAUCAAACCUAAUGAAGCUAUGCUGGGAUAUGCAUUUGCUGAUGAUACUAAUAUAUGUAACAGGGUUAAUGUUCCAGGAGGGAUAAGCCAAAUAGCAAAUGAAUUGGGUAAACUAGAAAAAUUGUCAGAGCUGUGACAGCUGACGUUUAAUGUGGAUAAGUGCAAGAUAAUGCAUCUUGGACAUAAAAACCCAAGGGCAAAGUACAGAAUAUUUGAUAGAGUCCUCACCUCAGCAUCUGAGGAAAGGGAUUUAGGGGUGAUUUUCUGAUGACUUAAAGGCAGGCAGACAAUGUAAUGGAGCAGCAGGAAAUGCUAGCAGAAUGCUUGGUUGUAUAGGGAGAGGUAUUGGCAGUAGAAAGAGGGAAGAGCUCAUGCCAUUGUACAGAACACUGGUGAGACCACACUUGGAGUAUUGUACACAGUACUGGAGACCGUAUCUUCAGAAGGAUAUUGAUACCUUAGAGAGGGUUCAGAGAAGGGCUACGAAACUGGUUCAUGAAUUGCGGGAUAAAACUUACCAGGAAAGGUUAAAGGAUCUUAACAUGUAUAGCUUGGAGGAAAGAUGAGGCAGGGGGGAUAUGAUAGAAACAUUUAAAUACAUAAAAGGAAUCAACACAGUAAAGGAGGAGAUUAUAGUUAGAAGAAAAACUACCACAACAAGAGGACAUAGUCUUAAAUUAGAGGGGCAAAGGUUUAAAAAUAUCAGUGUUACUUUACUGAGAGUAGUAGUGCUGCUGUCGUAAUGAGAUUUGUGGUUGUUCAUUGUACAGUUAAUGUUGUUUCUAAAGCCUGCAGUAGUCUAGUCUGUUACUCCAGAUUUCAGUUUCCUUUUGUUGUGGCAGGGAACAAUCUCUACUAUUUAUAAAAAAAUUUUAAUUCAAUUAUUUUAUUUUUUUUUGUGCAAAAGUUUGACAGACAUGCUUAUUUUGCCACGACAGCAAGGUAUAAUACUGUGGCAUAUAAGAAAACUGCACCUUUUUAAUUAACAAACUGGUUAAUACAAGUUGUGUCAGAGAAUGGUAAGGCAUUAAGCGUGAUUGAAAUUCGUGUAGGCUGACAUUAACUUUGUUAAAGAGGAGAGCGUUAUAUAACAUGCUAUUAACUCCUGAGUUUGGUAGCAACUGGGUACUUAUGUUUAUAAUCUGUGGAAUAAAAAUAGUAAAACCAGAAAAUUAAAAUAAAAAAAUAUAAAUUUAAGUACAAUUCCUACUAAAACUAGUGUUGUACAUUUGCAUUGCCUUAGAGAUACUGCAGAGGUAUAGAAUCUAUACUAUUUUAUGAAGUUCAAAGUCCAAUAUUCCCAUACUCUACAUGGAUUCACAUUUAAUUGUGUGGCCAGAGGUGUUACAUUUGGGGACUUGUGCAAACAUGGGACCAGGAUUAAAAUAUUAAAUAUCAUUAUUUAACCCUCUUAAGGAUGUUGUGGCUUGUUAUUAUGUCCCAACUAUAAUGGGCCUUAAUGCUCUUAGGUCGUAAUGACGAGUCUUUUUUUCAUUUUUAGUGUAUGCCAGUUUAAAUCCCUGCUCACACCAGGGAGUCCCGGGUAUUGAUGGAUACUUGGUGUUCCCCUCUAUCUUCUGCAACCAUUUUUAGUGGUCUCAGAAUUUGACAAGACAUUUUAAAUAACUAUUAAAAUGAUUGCGGUGUGAGCAUGGUUAAAUCCAUGGUUACCUGGGACUCCUAUCAGUCAGUAAGGCCCAUCUGUUAGAGGCCCUGUGCAGCCCUUUAACUCCUUCAUAAAAGCUCGGCUGAGUGCAAUCACGCUUAAUCACAGUUUUUCUGGGGUGCUGGCAGCAUUGUCGGGACCCUCUAGCGUCUGAAUGAACACUGGCAGUAUCACCCAUUCUGUCCCCAACCAAUAUGGUUCUGAGCUUCGACAGGUUCGAAGCACCGAUCUCUGUAUAUUCGGCUACAAACCCUGCUCAUUUGUAACUACAGUAAUUGUAAUUCUAAAAACUGCCAGUAGAUGGUGGUAAUAUACCACAUCUAAUGUGUUAAUAGAAAAUCAGCUUUACUGUAUUUAUCAUAAUUGAUAUUAACAGUGUGUUACCUUGGGGUUGAGCUUAGGUUAAGGUGUAAUGUUAGGUAUAGAUUAAUCCUUUUUUGUUAUUUUAGGGUUGAAGUUAAGGAUAACCGGAUAGGCAUACAACUAGUUGGUGUAAGCAUUGGGUAAGCGGUAUGGUUGGUAUAGCAUUAGUGUGGGGAUUGGUGUAGAGUCGGCAGUAACUAUAAAAAAUUAAGUUCUAUCCUAAACGUAUUGUGCAUUUAACAAUCAGGACUGAUAUAUGAAUCUCUAUAUAUUGUUCGUUUUAAUUAGUUGCGCUGGAUGUGUCAAAAUUAUUCAACUACACCCCCAAUUUAACAUUUUAUCAUAAAAGCUCUUUCCUUUCUGCACUUUAAAAAGAUAUAUAUAUAAAAAAAAAGUAGAAAAGUAUUGUGACUGAAACGUCAACAUUUUUGUAUUCUGCACAAUAAAGCAGUAUUUAUUUUGAUAUAAAACGAAGACUCCAGAGUGCUCUCUACUUGGAUGCUAUAUAUAUUCGUUUUAUAUCAAAAUAAAUACUGCUUUAUUGUGCAGAAUACAAAAAUGUCGACGUUUCAGUCACAAUACUUUUCUACUUUUUUUUUUUUUUUUUGUAUGGGGGCACUUGACAAGAUUACAUUAUGGUGGAACAAACCUAUAGGUCAAAAGGCUUUGCUUUGGCUCAGAAUGUGGACAGUGGCUUUCAUUCUUAAGGGGUUUAAAAGGUGCAAGUACAAUUUCAUUUAAAGACCUCUUGCUUCUCCUUAAAUUAAUGCACUGCACGGCUGGCAAAAUAAGAUGCAUUUCAACCUAAUAUAUUUCCAUGUAUAAAUACAAAUAUUGUGUGUCCUAUUAGAACAGUUUGCCCUUUACUGAUUAAAAAACUCACUUGUACGUCUGCUUUUGUCGAUCAGGUGUAGGAACCAAGAUUGACCCAACCUUGUGUCGAGCUGAUCGUAUGGUUGGACAAGUUCUAGGGGCUGUAGGUGCUCUGCCUGAAAUCUUCACAGAGCUUGAAAUCUCCUAUUUCCUUCUGCGACGGCUGUUGGGUGUCCGUACAGAAGGAGACAAGAAGGCAGCAAAGGUGUGUACUUUAAUGCAUUUGUUUUAUUAUUAUUAUUAUAGUUCUAAAACCUUUUGUGUGUCAGAUUUGUAACCUAUUUUUAGGUAAUGUAUUCUCCUAAAUAUAUACAUAAACUUGAAUGCAUACAGAUACUGAGCUAGUCCCAUUUCAUUGACUUAAAUUACAGAAACCUAUGAACAUACUGUGUAUUGUUGCAUUUCAGGUACAAAAGCUGUCUAAGAACGAAGUGCUGAUGGUGAACAUUGGCUCCCUGUCUACCGGAGGCCGCGUCAGUGCAGUGAAAGCUGAUUUAGGAAAAAUUGUGCUUACAAAUCCAGUAUGCACAGAAGUGGGGGAGAAAAUUGCUCUUAGCAGAAGAGUUGAAAAACAUUGGAGGUAAGAUUUGUGUAAUUGUUACAUUAGAGGGCUUUGGAGAAGUCUUUGUUAAAGAAUAAACCAGCAGAUUUCUUACAUCAUCUGUUUGCCUGCUCUGAACAGCUAAUUACAAUAACAAUAUAUUCAUUUGAAAUAGCUUCCAGAAUGGGAUAGUAAAGGCUUCAUAAGUAAAUAUAAUUUUAAAGACAAAAUUUAAUAAACUCCUCCUCUUAGAACCUUAUUUAAUUGUAAUCACAUACUCAAAAAGCACUUAAACCUAUGUCUGUGAAUGGAUAUUGGUUUUAGCACUAUCAAAUGGCCAGAAUGUGUUUUCAUAGGAAUAUAUUUGGUGAAAAGAGUUGUAGAAAUUAUUCAACUGUAUUUUAAUCAAUAUUUUAAUUUUUGGGAGUUUGCAGUUUUUAGAAUUCCAGUGAAUAAUACUUGAUUAAGUAUUUGAUUUUGUUCUAAUUCUGUAUUUUAUAAUUCUUCUAGAUUGAUUGGCUGGGGUCAAAUCAGACGAGGUGUGACAAUCAAGCCAACGGUGGAUGAGGACUAAACAGAGGAAAAGACUCGAAGGCUGCUAGCAAUGUUUUUGAUAUACCAGACAGAAACACCUGCCACAUGCCCAGUAAGGAAUUUCUAUCAAUUUGGAUAUAUUCAGUGUGCACCAGACAUUUAGCAUUUGCCUAAUUCUAAUUUAUAUUUGAGCAAUAUCCUCAACACUGGAGGUUUGCUCAACUAGGUCUUCAAAGACCUUCUGGCGUAUUACACAUCAAAUUAUAUGCUUUUCUUACAAAGUAAACAAACAUUUUCUUCACUUUUCCUGAAGUAGCCAUGGCCUUUGGGACAACUUCCACCAGUGAAUGAAUGUCAAAAAAUAAAGUUUUAAAAGACCAAAUCUGUUUGCUUUGUUUUUUCUUCUGUUUAUGCUUGCACUUAUUUGCU